AUGGCGCCUGCGUGUUUGUUCAGUUUGUGCCGAACCGCUGACAUACUGUGGGCCCAUGUCACCAAGGGCCAAAAAUCUUUGUCUACGGACACGACCGAGAAGGGGGCUCAAACUAAGGGGACUGGGGCGGGUACCUCGAAACAAACCACCCACGGAGUUGUUGAUGUUGGAGUUGUUGAAUCUGCAAAAACCAAUAAUGACGUAGCCUGUGCUGUGACUAAGCGUGUUGAAACUCUGAACUCAGCCAGUUCGGUUUCUAUGACCUCUGUUCUGACAACCGAAGUCCCGGCGUCGACCGAAGUCCCGGCGUCGACCGAAGUCCCGGCGUCGACCGAAGUCCCGACGUCGACCGAAGUCCCGGCGUCGACCGAAGUCCCGACGUCGAUUGAAGUCCCGAUUGAAGUCCCGGCGUCGAUUGAAGUCCCGGCGUCGACCGAUCCUACUAGCGAAGUUGUUCCGAGGAUGAGCGAAGCUGCUGCAACUAAUCACGUUGCGAGGUCACCUGAACGGAGACUCAAGCUUCUCCCUUCUAUCGCGGAGGUUCUUACGCCUCCCCAAGGGAAAGCUUUUGCACCGGCCGAUGUCGAUACUUCGUUGGUAAAAGCGCCUAAAACCAUCGUACCGCUCAAAUCUGAUAAAAACCGGAACUUUUCUGUCGACCAUGAAAUACGUGGGCCAGAAGAGUCUUGGUUGAAUGGUUCAUCUCCGGGUCGAGAAGAAAUCAUGCGGUGCGCUUCUGGGGCCGAGGCGUUGUCAGCUUCGGAUUUGAUCAAGUCGAACGCUUCAACUGGGAUUCAAGAGCUGCUGGAAGUUCAAGAAGAAGUAGAAACUCAAAAAAUAAGCGUGAAGCGAAGGAUCAGCAUGUUCGAAUCCGUUUUAGUCAGCAACCGAGUGGAGUCCGUUGUGGAGACGCGGGAGGUGCGAUCGGAAAGUGACGUGGCUACGAAACUCAUGAAAAGGCGAGCUGGUCGGUACAGAUCACUACCGAAUGGCUAUUGUUUCAACGAAAAUCCAGCUGAAAAUCCUCCGAAAACAUCCGGAAAGCCCAGCUCCGAUGGUCACUCGACUGAAAAUCCUGCACCGCGUGUUCGUCGAUCAACCCAUCCGAGAUUGAUGAACUUGGAGGAGUUCGAUGAGCUCUAUCGCUUUUGGAUCAAACGUGAAGAUAUGUCGAACGUGGAGGAACUUUUCCGAAGAAUGUUCGGAAGCAUUGAUAUUCCAGAAUCUGUUGAAGAAAGCUUCGAUAAGCUUCUUGCUCAUUGUUCGGAAAAAAUAGUAUCGAAACAUUUGGAAGAAAGGUUUCGAAUCCGUUAUUUGGAGAAGUGUCGCAGAGGAAUUUUGAGCACAAUGAACUCGGCUGACUACACCAUCGUUCCGAUCGAAGAUGUCGCGGAGCAGCAGAAACCGUCUGCGACAAGCACAACGGGUGCGAGGGCUCAGAUGACUCAAGAUAGUGCAUCGAAGGCGCCGCUCAUUUUCCGAGUUGCGGGAAAUGUGGUCCAACUUGGAGGUGGAAAGCCUGAGGCCGUCGUCGAUGUCGCGGAGCAGCAGAAACCGUCUGCGACAAGCACAACGGGUGCGAGGGCUCAGAUGACUCAAGAUAGUGCAUCGAAGGGUGCUUCUAUUUUUCCAGAACGACGCCGCUCAUUUUCCGAGUUGCGGGAAAUGUGGUCCAACUUGGAGGUGGAAAGCCUGAGGCCGUCGUCGAAAAUUCAGCUUCUUCCCUCAAUCGCGGAAGUUCUCACGCCAUCCCCAGCGAAGGUUUUUGCGACAGCCGAUGUCAGCCCAUCACUGACUGACAAUGCCGGAGCCAUUUUUCCACUCAAAACUAAUAAGAACCGGAGCUUUUCUUUCUGUCGUGAGCAAUCCCAUGUUCCGAAGGAAUCGGAGAUUCGAUCUGUAAGCGAUGUGACAGCGAGACUCGCGAAGAGGCGAGUGGACAGGUUCAAAUCGCUUCCAAAUGGCUGUGUUCAUGGAGAUAGUGCUGAGACUGGCUGGAAUUCAAAGAAAUUGCUCAGCAUGGGUGAUGGCGGAUUGAAUAUGGGUCAAGAUCGCCAAACGGUGCAGUCCAAAACGCUCGAAACUAGAAUUCCGCCGAAGUUUACUACUUUCGACGAGAUAUUCAAUUAUUACGUCACACCUGAAGAUAUGCAGAACGUGGAUGAAGAUUUUGAGCGGCUUUUCGGAGGCAUGGAAAUUUCAGAAACCGUGGAUGAAGAUUUCGAAAGAAUAAAACAGCAUCGCAUCGAAGUCGGGAUAGAUGGCCUUUCUAAUAGCGCAAUCCUCGACGAUAAUAAGACCCGGAACUGCCUCCGGCAAACCUGCGGGAGCGGUAGUCUCCCGAGGCAGAGCUUCCACGGUUCGAAUAGCCUCGGAACACGUUGUAAAAUCCCCCCAUCCCACGGUAAUUGUUGA